UUAGGGAAAGACGGAGCCACCCUGUCAAUCACAAUUAAGGAACCAUGGGAGUAAACUGGUAAGGAAGGUCCGCGGAACCAGUGUGUUUACGGUGAAGAUUGUUUUCAUUUGCCUAAAGACGACAAUUAUGCACCGGUACACUUUGGGACAUUUACACCUGAUCUCCAACUGGGAAUCGCUCCACUUUGACGGGAAUUAGCAUGAGGCGUCACAUAUAACAACAAAACUUAGCGAGUUUCUGUCGACUGCGCCUAUUUUUUGCCCCCACAGCGCUCCAGUUGAACAAAAUACACAAGUCACCGUUGAUAUUUGUACAACAGGCGGUGCCGCGGAGGUUUAUUCCACUCCAAAGUCAGGAUAUAGCCGUUUAUUUGACUACAACUCGUGGAAAAUCUGGUCUGUGCAUUUCAGGGAACUGCUUUGUCGGUGAGGCGACUUUCGAAGGAGGAGUGACGGUAUAAGGAGACACUCCCAAAAACAAAACGAAGCCAAAUAUCAGUCUCCGCUCAAAUUCCAGGGAGAAAGGAGCAGAUAUGAGUGGGGGAGACGUGGUGUGCUCGGGGUGGCUCAGAAAGUCUCCUCCUGAAAAAAAGUUGAGACGUUACGCAUGGAAGAAGCGGUGGUUUGUUCUUCGCAAUGGCCGUCUGACAGGCGACCCAGAUGUGUUGGAGUACUACAAGAAUGACCAUGCCAAAAAGCCCAUCCGCGUGAUUGACCUCAACUUGUGUGAGCAGGUGGACGCUGGGCUGACAUUUAAUAAGAAGGACUUGGAGCACAGCUUCAUUUUCGACAUCAAGACCAUUGACCGUGUCUUCUACCUCGUGGCUGACACUGAAGAGGACAUGAAUAAGUGGGUUCACUCCAUCUGCGAGAUCUGUGGUUUUAAUCCCACUGAUGACGGUAAGAAGGAGGCAGCAAAAGCCGCUUCGCACUCAGCCGCAGGAGGCCUGGUGGUGGACACGCCCCCACAACCAGCGCUGGGUAAUAUUAUUGGUCCGGCAGCAGCAGUGCUUUCCAAUGUGCCCCCUCCAUACCAGCCUGUCAGUGUGCGACACCUGGACUCUCAGUCCAGUUCAGAUGAGCCGCAGGAUUAUCUGUGGCUAGUCAACUGUGAGAGCAAAAAGCCCGAUCCCAACAGAGCCCAUGCUGAGUGUUCCAAGUCUACCUCCUCAGAGACAGACCUAAACGACAACCUCCCCUCUCACCGCACGCCCACAUCCUCCACCUCCUCAGCCAAACACACCUCGCACAACGGCUUCUUCCCACAGCACCCGGGCCCAGCCUCCGCCUCUUUCAUCUACGAUUCACCUCCAUCGCGCGGUGCCUCCCUUUCAACCGACGCUGGCCUCUAUCACCUCCCACGCAGCUACUCGCAAGACACUGUGCUGCUCCCAAAGUCUGCCUCGUCCCCUCCGGCCCAUCCAGACAGCGGGGAUACCGAGCUCUAUACCUUCAACACGCCGUCACGGAAGCCCUCUAUGGAGACACAAAUGCGCAACCUUUCUAUCAGUUACGACAUCCCACCUACACCUGGUGCAAACUGUACCUACCAGGUGCCCCGUACAUUGUCGUCUGCAACAGGGGCGGGGGGCUCAGAAAGUGGGGGAGAUGUGGUUCCACCUCCUAGGCCACCCAAACCUUCGCUCACUUCGACCUCAGGACCCCCUCCGCCCCCUGCCGAGCGCUCACCUACGGACACCUAUUGCGUGCCCCGUUCAGCCUCAGAAACGGACGGCAACUACUGUGUGCCUACUGCUGCUGGGAGCAAGGCACUACGCAGCAACACUAUUGGCACUGUGGACUGUUCACGCCUACGCAAAGAUUUUGGAUCACAGGACUGCUAUGACAUUCCGAGAUCAUUCCCCUCUGACAAAAGCUGCUCAUUUGACUUCAAUGAAAGCUUCAAUAGCUACUUUAAAAACAAAGGAAUGAUGCCACUGGGUAGCCAGUCCACUGAAGAGGUAGACCAGAACUACGUACCCAUGAGUGCCAACUCCCCGUCGCACCAUCACUCAGGCAGUUUGUCAGAGCCUAUGCAUGAACCAAACUAUGUACCCAUGACCCCAAGCACCAUGGAGUUCUCCUCGCUGGGAAAGCAGGUCCCCCCGCCCGCCCACAUGGGCUUCCGCUCCAGUCCCAAGACCCCUCCUCGCAGGCCUAUGCUAAGUGACUGUCAACCUCCGCCUGUGGACCGAAAUCUCAAACCUGAUCGCAAAGGUCAGAGUCCUAAAAUAAUAAGAGCAAAAGGUGUCGGUUUAGAGCGAACCGACUCUCAAACCGUAGGUGAAUUCCCGAGGGGACGACGCAAGGGAAAACCAGCGCCACUGGAGAUUAAACCGCUGCCAGAAUGGGAGGAGCCCUGCACACCUGUCCGAUCGCCAGUCACACGGUCAUUUGCUCGGGAUCUCUCUAGGUUUCCAAUGCCAGCGAGACCCCCGUCAGUGCAUAGCACGGCCUCCAGCACUGACUCAGAGGACUGUGACAACGAGAAUUAUGUAGUUAUGUCCACAGAUGAACCAAACAUGAAGCUUGUUGCGCCCAUGACAGCAGACGGUGGGAGCAGCCCCAUGGUUAAGCCAAAGGGAGACAAACAGGUGGAGUACCUGGAUUUGGAUCUUGACUCCGGCAAGUCGACCCCACCUAGAAAGAUGAAAAGUAAUGGAACUGGCAUGGCGGUGUCAGAUGAACGUGUUGACUAUGUGGUUGUGGACCAGCAACGGACACAGGCCCUGAAGAGCACCCGGGAGGCCUGGAACGACGGCCGCCAGUCCACAGAGACAGACACCCCCUCCAAAGGACCCAAGUGACCACGUUGUCCCAAACGUCCAACCGACCCCACAAGCCCUGAACCACUGAGCCUCGAACACAAGUGAAGGCUUCGGUCUGUGCUUUGGGACAGUCCAGCUGUCACGUUCCACCUCAGUGAGAUCCUAAGUGUCUAGAGGCCAGUGGAGCUUCAUGGCCACUCAACUGUCUUUAGUUUACACUGCCCGGGGCAGCACUGUGCUUACCGUUACGAGUAGAGUGGGUGUGGGCCAGGAAUAAGCUGUAUCCAGUGUGGAAGGACUGGACAAGUCUUCGGGGUUUGACUUAAGCAGAGACUCAUGAAUAUUCACUGCCUCCUUGAUCAGAUCAGAGUAAAUGUUUUCAUUCUGUUGUUCACCUUUCAGUGGCCUCUGGGUGGAUCCAGAGUUAACGUUUCCUUAAAUUAUAAUGCUGUUUGAUGUUUUGGAGUGAAAGUAAAAUCGCUCAAUAACACGAUCAGUUGACACUUCACUUGUGGGAGUAACUAGUUAUCAGUGUCUACAAUGUCGUUGAUCACAGGUCAGUUUUACGUCCCCACUAACAGACCAAAGGUAUGAUGAAUGACUGAUAACUUACUCCAGGUCUGAGUCCAAGGAAAAGUCCAAACCCGAUCCUUAACCCAAGUCAGUGUGACAGGUUCAUAGAGGAUUUCAUGCCUGCAAGUUCAUUUUUACAUGUAACCUAAUGCUCAUUUAAGUUUUGGAUUCACUCAAGGUUCAGUCCAAUGAACAUGAUUUGAUUUCCAUCCGCUCUGUAAGUGGAAGUGCUUCAAUCUGUCAUAAUGGAAGUGCAAAGACUGUACAAAAGUAUUAUGUAUAUAAACAUGAAAAGUGUUCUUUAUUUGUACGGAAUUUCCAGUGUGUUUGGCUCGAAGGCUGGUGGAUUCUGCAGGGUAGAAUCCUGUGCCUGUCUUAGGUGGUAUCAGGACUAAUGAAUGAAUUACUGUGAGUUUUAAUAGAACGUGACAGGUUUUCUAUAAGUUAUGCAAAGGUAUCAAACUUAGGCUAGAGAGAGAAAAUCAGGUACUCUUCUUAAAUGCAUACUAAUACAACUAUCCAUUUCUAAUUUAUUUUUCGAGUUAUUUCAUUAGGUGGAUGUCCUGUUCACUUUUAGCUCAGUAUUCCUUAUUGCUAUUACAGGAACAUGUGCUGAAGUCCGUUGAAGUGCUUCGUUUGACAAGCACCGGUCAGUUAGUUUCACAAGUUCAUUGGUAUUCCUCAUUUCUCUCUCCUCUUAGGUUUAAUUUAUUUCAGAUUGAACUGGCGUACAGUUUUGGGAAAACGAUCGCGUCACGUCAUCAAUUUGAUCCAUCUUUUAUGGACAGUGAGAAAUUCUUAACGUGUGCAUAGAUCUUUGCUUUACUAACCUGUCCGCUGUCACUCUGAAGUCCCAAGCAUGUGCUACCACCACAUUAAAUGAUCGCUGUACAUACGUUGCCAUCGAUUAGAUAACAUGUAUCAUUCGAAAAACGUGCCUACUAAGUCAUCUUCAUUCUAUGUCACUCUUUCCUAUUUGCAGUUCCUUUGUGAUAUGGACUGCAAAGCUGAUGAUGCUUUAUCUUUUUUAAUGAAUCUUGACAGAAAAUGUAAAUUUUAAAAAGUGGACUAAAUAAAAACCAAGCUCUUA